AUGACUACUAAGGCGAUACAUUUUGAGCUUGUGGGUUCGUUAUCUGCAGAGGCGUUCUUGGGGGCAUUACAUCGCUUCGUCGGACGCCGUGGAAAUGUCAGUGAAAUGUUUUCUGAUAACGGAACCAAUUUUGUUGGUGCUGAGCGGGAGUUGGCUGAAUUGAAGGAGUUGCUGAAGUCUCAAUUACUAGAAAACAAGCUCGAAGAUUUUUGUCAACCCCGUGGAAUCUCAUGGAGCUUCAAUCCACCGAAGGCUCCGCACCAGGGUGGGCUUUGGGAAGCCGGUGUUAAAAGUAUGAAGAGCCACCUGUACAAAGUGAUGAAUGAAUCGUAUUUCACCUACGAAGAGAUGACAACAUUGCUGAUUCAGAUUGAAUCGAUCCUUAAUUCAAGGCCGAUGAUGCAGCAAAGCGACGAUCCGAUGGAUUACGAGGCGUUAAGUCCUGGCCACUUUCUUGUUGGCCGAGAAUUAACAGCUAUAGCCGAACCGUUCUACGAUGGUCUUAAGGAAAAUACGUUGUCUCGGUAUCAGCUGAUCCAGAAACGAAAGCAAUCGUUUUGGCGAAGGUGGUCAUCGGAGUAUAUAACCGGAUUACAGAAGCGCAGCAAGUGGAACAAAUCGCCAACGCUACUUCGUGAAGGACUUUUGGUGGUACUGAAAGACGACAAUUUGCCACCUCAAACUUGGAAACUGGGGCGCAUCAUGAGGAUUCAUCCAGGCAGUGAUGGCGUUGUUCGCGUGGUUACCGUGCGAACCAACAGUGGCACGUACAGGCGACCUAAAACGCAAAUUGCUGUACUACCCAUAGAAGACGCAGACCAGACAAGCCAGACGGAUACGUUGAGCCAACCGGUUCACGGGGGAGGAUGUUAA